AUGGUCGCCGGCCCGGCUGGGAGUGGGAGCAAGGAUCUGAGCUCGUACAUAUGUGAGAGGCUUGAUAGGGCAACCGCAAAUGACAGGUGGCAAGAGAAGUUCCCAGAUUUUACAGUUGUGAAUGGUGCACCACGGCACUCGGACCACAGGCCGGUGAUUGUGUGGACGCAAGGGGCGGAUAGGAGCUGGAAAGGUGGAGACCAUGGAUUCCGUUUUGAAGCCCAUUGGUUACAGGAGGAGGGAUGUGAGGAUGUCAUCAGAGAAGCAUGGGAGCAAAGCUGGGGAAGGAGAGACGGAGGGGUAGCGCAUGCUUUAAGAGAAGUGGCUGGGAAGCUGCGGACUUGGGACAGAGAAGUGGUCGGGGCAGUGGAGGGCCAGCUGAAAAAAGCUAAAGCGGAGCUGGAACGGUGUAUGGCAGCGAGAGUUUCGCAGGAAAAAAUAGAGGAGGAAGCUAGACUUAGGUGUGUGGUGGAUGAGCUGGAGGAGAAGAAGAACACGAUGUGGAAGCAGAGAGCACAUGUUUGGUGGCUGCUAGAUGGAGAUAGGAACACACGGUUCUAUCAUACUGUCGCUUCGGCGAGGAAAAAAGCGAACCGUAUUAAGGAGUUGAGGAGGGAGGAUGGAACCGUGGUGGCGGAGGAGGAUUUAACUAACUAUGUGUCCUCUUUUUUUCAGGAUCUUUUCACCACCUCGGCGGGCAACCGCGUUGAUGAACUCAUCGCGAAGGUCUAG